CUUACAUUCGCGCGAAUAGCUUUUGUCGAGAUGCCCAAGCUGAACGGGAAAGUAGCCCUCAUUUCUGGCGCAUCUUCGGGAAUCGGUGAAGGGACUGCUCUUCACUUCGCCUCGCUGGGUUGCUGGCUUUCCCUAACAGCGAGGAACCUGCUCGCUCUGGACGAGGUAGCAGAGCGAUGCAGUGCCAAAGGGAUUCCCAAGGAGAAGGUUUUGAUCAUACAAGGUGAUAUACGCUCGGCGGAUGACAUCGCAAAAAUUGUGAAAAAAACAGUGGAAUACUUCGGCAGGAUUGAUAUUGUGGUCAAUAACGCCGGAAUUUGCAGCAUUGCUGCUCUGGGAGAAAUCAGUCUGGAUGAUUUCGACGACGUGAUUCGCACGAACCUACGCUCCGCCUUCAACAUGGCACAGGAGGCCCUUCCACACCUGAAGAAAACGAGAGGAAGCAUCGUUAACGUCUCCAGCCUGGGCUCCUUGAUAACCCUAAAACGUCUUGCAUCAUACUCAAUUAGCAAAGUUGGAUUGGAUCAGCUGACUCGAUCAUCUGCGUUAGAGUUCGCCCAAUAUGGGAUUCGAGUUAACUCAGUCAAUCCAGGCAUAACUGACACCAAGAUGGCGUUCGGACACAUCAACAAUGCCGAGAAAAAAGAAAAGAUGCUGUCGGAGGCAGGCGCUGAGAUACCUCUCGGCCGGGUUGGAACCGUCGAUGACGUGGCCCGCGCUAUCGCAUUUCUGGCCUCGGACGAAGCCUCAUUCAUCACUGGACACGUGUUGCCUGUCGACGGUGGCUGUGUCCUGAGCGGCAUGCCACAUGUGUCUGGGCUCCGUCCUCCGUCCGCUAGUCCUGCCCAGAGCAGUGUCACUGUUGGAUAGUUAUAUGAGCUGGCCGUUUAUUUUCAGCCAAAUAUUGACUGCCGCAAAGCUGAAAAAUAAACAUUAUUCAAAUA